CCAGACCAUAUAUAACAACAACUUCUCUCUCUCUGUCUUUAGUUUAUGUGCGUGUUUGGCUUUUCUUAUAUAUUCUUUUUAUUCCUCUGCAAAUCUCUUCUCCAUCUACCUUGUUCGCUUAGGGGUUUUCAGACAGAUCAGAGGAUGGCUUCAGCAGGUUCAGAGAAAACUCUUCCUUGUCCAGCAAGUAAAACUACCUCGCCUGCCCUUGCCCUUAAAUUCGAUGCUUUAGAUUUCCCAGCCAUGAAGGCUAUGGAAGAUUUCCAGACUUGUAUCAGUGAACUUGGUGAGAAAAUGCGUGAGGAUCCUGCAUAUAUCCAGGAGCUUCGCAGAUGUAAUCCAGCCGCCAAGUUUGACGUGAAAAAUACAAUGCAAAUGUUUCAGCGCCUUCGGGAUAACGCACGGCAGGAUCCUCGUGCGUCUCUGGAAAAUCUCGUGAAACCUGGAGCACUGGAGGAAUUUGCUGAGCGUGUUACCCAACUGAGAAAAGAUCCUGAAGUUGAGCUCAUUCUAGCCGAGUUAGACGCUUGUCCUGCUGCUGCUCUCUUGAAGUUUGCGGAUGACAAACAAGUUUUGAAAAAACUUGGAAACUCAAUGCUUAGAUCUCAGGGUCUGAACUAUGAUGCUGAUGAUGAAGAACUUUUCUCUGAGGGAAGAAAAGCCCUCGAGAUUGCUUUUGGAUAUGCCAAGAUGAAAUGCUACAAAAUUCUUGUGGAUGCUCAAAGAAAAAAGGCUAAUAAGGUUGAGGGGAAAAAGAAGACAAGUGGAAAAAAGACAAAGCGUUCAAGCCUUCUCUCCAACAAGUGUGAUGCUGUGUAAGAUUGCAACAUAACAAAUAACACUCUGUUUCAAACCGCUCUGUUUUUCGUUCCAUACUCUCGAAAGAUUGUUUCUCUCU